AGUUUAACCUGGAGUUAGGCAAAUAUUCAUACACGAAUUGUUAAAUUGCAUUCUAAUUUCUGUCUUAGUUGAAUUGAAGUCAAAACGCGAUUUUGUGCUGUAUGACACAACUGGCUUUCCGUACCGAUGAAGCGGUCUUAACUAAUGUGUCGUGAUGGCGGAGCUAACAACUCUCGAGAGCCUGCUUGAGAUGGGCUUUGACAGAAACAGGGCGGAGAGAGCUGUGGCCAACACGGGGAACCAGGGAAUAGAACAAGCUAUGGACUGGUUAAUGGCCCAUGAGAACGACCCAGACAUCGAUGAGCCCUACGUUCCUCCUGCGGGGAAUGUCCUGGGAGAAUCUGCAGACACUCAGACCAGCACAGAGCAGCCCGCACGGGGAGACCCCGCUGAAGGAACAGCAGAAGGAGAUGGCAGCUUUGCUGAAAAUGAGGAGAAUAAGCAGCCGAUGUCGGAGGAGGAAAAGCGGGAACAAGUCAAAAGACUAGAGGAGCUUAUGCGAGUGAAGCAGGCGGAGAGGCGAGAGCGGGAGCGCGCCGAGGAAGUGGAGCGAGAGAAGCAGAGGAGGAGACAGGGCCAAGAGCUGCAGCAAAUCCGCCAAAAAAUACAAGACGACGAGAUGAAGAAACUGGCUGAUCAGCGCAGGAGAGAGAAGAUGGAGGACAAAAUGGCCAGACAAAGAGUCAAAGACAAGAUCGCACGGGACAGAGAGGAGCGAGCUCAAAAGUUUGGGGGCGGUGCUGCCCCGAGCACAGCCGCCUCGUCUCAACCUACCUUACCCAGUCCAUCCUCCCCCACCAGUCAGGGCCCCCCACCCAGUAAAAAGGAGUACGAUGAGUCCAGGAUACAGGUCCGCCUCCUGGAUGGCUCGACCAUCACAACAGCCUUCAAGGCUCAGGAACCUCUGGCUGCAGUGCGGGUCUACAUACAGAUGAACAGUAACACCCCAGAGGGUCAGGAUUUCACGCUGCUGUCGCCCUACCCUCGCCACGUUUACACUGAACAGGACAUGGAGAAGCCGCUCAAAGAGCUGGGUUUGGUGCCUUCAGCUGUGCUGGUCGUCACCAAGAAAUGAGAACAUGAGGAUCUGCUGUGGUCUACCUCACCACCUCCAUCAACCCCAUAAACACCUAAAACAGAAGGAUCCACAACACAACUGCCACCUUUUGGUGUCACUCAGUAAGCCAGCUGUUUGACCUUCAGAAGUCUAGAGACUCUGAAAUGUAUAUAUGAAGAAGAAAAAAUGCCUCUAGAAGCACUGAACCCCGCCUCCUGUUGGUUGGUGCUUACAGCAAGCUGGACCUCAAACUUUCACCGACUGAAGAAAGCAGACAGCUGGCUUCUGACUGAAACCUCCUCCAGGAUCAGUUUCAGAAAAGUCCUUCAUUUUUAACCGGAUCCUUUUGCUUGGACCUUAGAGAUAAAUCCCAUUCUUCCUGAUUUUGUAAGAUUUCUGCCUUUUUUUUUAAUGGUUCAGAUGUAUCAACAGUUCUGUCACCAAAAUUCACUGACAAUAAAGCUGACUUGGAGAACAGAGAGAUCCAAGUUUUUAAAACA